AUGUCCUCAGCAAAGGAGAAAGAAUCCCUCGGGAGCGAUCCUUCGCAAGAGCAUGUCUUGGUCGAGGAGUCUCGCGACGCCGUCUUUGGUGAGAUCACCGAGGAUGGCCCCAACUAUCGUGCUGUCGGCUGGAAAGGAACCGCCGUUUUGAUGAUGAAAACACAAAUCGGACUAGGUGUCUUGUCGAUUCCCGUUGCCUUUGACGCUCUCGGUGUGGUUCCCGGAGUCAUUUGUCUGAUUGUUAUUGGCGCCAUCACGACGUGGUCCGAUUACAUUAUUGGAACCUUCAAGCUGCGCCAUCGAGAAGUCUACAACAUCGACGACGUCGGUGAGCUACUGUUGGGCCGACCAGGCCGGAUCCUGUUCGGCGCUGCUUUCUGUCUUUGGUGGAUUUUCGUUGCGGGCUCUGGUAUGCUGGGCAUCUCCAUUGGCCUGAACGCGGUGUCCUCUCACGCCACUUGUACGGCCGUCUAUGUCGCCGUGGCCGCCGCGAUCGCGUUCGUGUUUGCUAGUAUUCAGACCCUCGGACGGAUCUCAUGGCUGGCCUGGGUUGGUCUCUUUGCCAUCUUGACUUCUAUCAUGAUUGUCACUGUCGCCGUGGGCAUUCAAGAUCGCCCGUCUGCCGCUCCCAAGGAUGCGGUCUGGGUCCCGGACUACAAGAUCGUCAGCCACUCCUCCUUCUACGAGGCUAUUUCCGCCAUUUCCACCAUCAUCUUUGCCUAUGCAGGCACCCCCGCCUUCUUCUCCAUCGCCUCGGAAAUGCGCGAGCCUGAGCACUACAACCGUGCUCUGGUUGUCUGCCAGUCGGUCGUCACUUGCUUCUACAUCGCCAUCGGUGUGGUCAUUUACUACUUCUGCGGCUCCUAUGUCUCCUCUCCCGCUCUUGGCUCGGCUGGUCCCAUCGUCAAGAAGGUGAGCUACGGCUUUGCCUUGCCGGGAUUGAUUGUGAGCACGCUGCUUUUUGUCCACAUUGUCGGCAAAUACAUGUUCGUUCGCAUGCUCAAGGGCUCCCGCCACUUGACCGCCAACACCAUCACCCACUGGGCUCUCUGGCUCGGCUGCACUGCCAGCGUGACCAUCAUCGCCUACAUCAUUGCCAGUGCAAUCCCCGUCUUCGGCGAUCUGGUGUCGCUGGUCGGCGCCCUGCUUGGCACCCCCAUGUGUUUCCAGCCCAUGGGUGGCAUGUGGCUGUAUGACAACUGGAGCAAGGGCAAGACGGACCGCACCAUGCGCUGGAAGCUGAUGGUUGGCUGGUCGAUCUUUGUCAUUGUGGCUGGAUUCUUCUUGAUGGUUGCGGGUACCUAUGGAUCGGUCGUCAGCAUUAUCAACAGUUAUCAGAAGAAUGGGGGCACAUCCGCAUGGACCUGUGCGGAUAAUUCAUAG